GCUGAUUGGUGGAGGCGCCGAGGGGGGCGUGGCCGAGCUGCCUAGGGUAGGCGCGCGGCUUCCCGCGCGGAACCAGGAGCACGAUCGCGAUCGGGAGCAGGAUCCGGAGCAGGGACCGGGAGCAGGAGCGGGCCGGUGACGUUGGACGCAGCAGGAGAUGGAGAAGUCGGCAGCCAACUCGAGCCUCCCUAGCACGGAGCUCUGGGCCUCCCACAACAAGAUGGUGAUGGAGCCGCUCGACACCAACGACCCCGAGGUGCACAGCAUCAUCAAGAAGGAGAAGCAGCGGCAGAGGCUGGGGCUGGAGUUGAUCGCCUCGGAGAACUUUGCGAGCCGAGCGGUCCUGGAGGCGCUGGGGUCCUGCCUGAACAACAAAUACUCCGAGGGCUACCCAGGACAGAGGUACUACGGCGGGACCGAGUUUGUGGACGAGCUGGAAAGGCUGUGCCAGAAGCGAGCCCUGCAGGCCUACCGCCUCGACCCCCAAAAGUGGGGCGUCAACGUCCAGCCCUACUCAGGCUCCCCCGCCAACUUCGCCGUCUACACGGCCUUGGUGGAGCCUCACGGCAGGAUCAUGGGGCUGGACCUGCCCGAUGGGGGGCACCUGACGCACGGCUUCAUGACGGACAAGAAGAAGAUCUCGGCCACCUCUGUCUUCUUCGAGUCCAUGCCCUACAAGGUCAACCCCAAGACGGGUUACAUCGAUUACGACCGCCUGGAGGAGAACGCCCGCCUCUUCCACCCCAAGCUGAUCAUAGCAGGUGUCAGCUGCUACUCGCGCAACCUGGACUAUGCCCGCAUGCGGAAGAUCGCCGACGCCAACGGCGCCUACCUGAUGGCCGACAUGGCCCACAUCAGCGGGCUGGUGGCCGCCGGCGUCGUGCCCUCACCCUUCGAGCACUGCGACGUCGUCUCCACCACCACGCACAAAACCCUGCGGGGCUGCAGGGCCGGAAUGAUCUUCUACCGCAAAGGCACCCGCAGCGUGGACCCCAAAACGGGCAAGGAAACGCUCUACAACCUGGAGAGCCUCAUCAACCAGGCGGUCUUCCCCGGGCUGCAGGGGGGGCCGCACAACCACGCCAUCGCAGGGAUCGCCGUGGCGCUGCGGCAGGCCAUGACGCCCGAGUUCAAGGCGUACCAGCAGCAGGUGGUGGCCAACUGCAGGGCGCUGGCGGCAGCGCUGAUGGAGCUGGGCUACGACAUCGUCACGGGGGGCUCCGACAACCACCUCAUCCUCCUGGAUCUGCGCAGCAGAGGCACGGACGGUGGCCGGGCCGAGCGGGUGCUGGAGCUCUGCUCCAUCGCCUGCAACAAGAACACGUGCCCCGGCGAUGUCAGCGCCCUGCGCCCCAGCGGGCUGCGUUUUGGGACCCCAGCUCUCACCUCCCGCGGCUUCCAGCAGGAUGAUUUCCGCAUGGUGGCUCAGUACAUCCACAGAGGGAUCGAGCUGACGCUGCGGGUGCAGAACGAGAUGAGCCCCAAGGCCACGCUGAAGGAGUUCAAGGAGAAACUGGAGGAGGAGAAAUACCAGAAGGAGCUCAAGGCACUGAAGAUGGAGGUGGAAGCCUUCGCAGCGACCUUCCCGCUCCCAGGGCUGCCCGUCCUGUAAGGGGAAGCGCCCCGAGCCAAAAACCCAGGACCACAGCACCCACACAGACCCCCAGCCCCCGAGCCCAGCACCCCAAAACCUCCUCCCUGCUGCUGGCAGUGGCUCCGUGCAGCAGCAGAUCCUCGUUUGCCUCUUCCUCACCCCGUUUCGGAGGCAGGAACCCCUCUGAGCACAGCCCCGCGCUACCGCUGGGUCCGAGCAGAAGGAAACCCCCAGCUUCAGGAUUUGGGUUUCAGCCAGCUCUGCCCCGCUGUGGGAGCAGCAGAGGAGGUCACAGCCCUGCCUGGCGUGGUUAUCUUCGCCAAAACCCCCUGCCCAGCGUGGCUGGGGGGGAAAAAAAUGUGAAUCUACCCCCAGGAGCCAGCACCUUAAAAAAAAAAAAAGCCGUCCUGGCUUCAGCAUCCCAGACUUGCCUUUGGAGGUGCCAGCUCUGCCUUCGUCCUUGCCAGCCUCCACGUGCCUUGAUGGGGCCAAAAAAUCCCCCAGGACCAGCCCUCCUGGGGCUGCUCGGCCGCCUCCACUGCUAGCACCAGCCCUGGGCUCCAGGGGUUUCCCAGAGCUCCGCGCACAAACCUUCGCUGGACCCAUUUUUUAAUAAGCACAGGAAAAUUUAGGGAUUUAACCACCACGUACGCCAAGAAUUAGAAGCUUUAAAAAAAAAAAUAAAACCGAUUUUUUGGUUCGUUUUUUUUUUGUAUUUCAAAAAUA